CGAGACACAGACGAACCCUGAGAGCGAGCGAGAAGCUCUGCGCCGCGCCCCGCCCGGGCGCACCAAGCUAGAUGGAGCUCACGGUUGACACGGCCGGCCGCGUCCUCGGCGCCGGCGCGCGCCUCCUCUCGCUGCUUGGUCGCGCCACCCAGAGCGUCACCGGCACCCCGCUCGACGACCACCUUGCCAACCCCGAGGCUGUGCACGGGCUGCUCGCGGUGGCUCUGCGCGGCGGCGAUUCGGACGCGUCCGUCUCGGCGGCGGGGGAGGCGGACCUCGACUCGGCCGACGACCACGGGCGCUCGGCGGAGGUUCAGCUGCUCGGCGCCGACGGCGCGGUGCACUCGGCGAACGUUCGCGUCUCGCCGCUCUACUCGGCGCAGGACGGGCGGGUAGAGCGGCUGCUUCUCUCCUUCGAGGCGUCGAGCGCGUCCGACUCGGACGGCUCCGGCGAGGGGCAGGACGAGGCGAUGGCGAUCGAGGCACUCGAGGCGUCGUCGUGCAUGUUUGUCGACGAAGAGGGGGGGCCGUCUGCCGGGACCAUCGAGGGGGUGCGCAACGUGUCGGCGCAGGCGGGGCGGCUGCUGCGCGGGCUGCCCUGCCCGGGGAUCGACGCCUGCUCCAGCGCGACCCAGCGCUUCGCCUGGUCCGCCCUCUACUCGGCCGUCCUCCAAAAGGAGAUCGACGGCCUCGAGCGGCUGCUCGGCUACUCGGAGGCGGAGCUGCUCGGCCGGAGCGUCGACCUGUUUCGCGCGCGCGGCGAGGCGCCGCCCGCGAUUCUCGACCAGGUGGGGGAGCUGGACGCGGCGAUCCGGCACCGGCACAACAAGCUGAUCGAGACGGUGCUCUCCUCCGCCUCGGGCGCCCCCGUCUUUUGCCUCGUCUACGUCCUCCCCCUCCACCACCACGCCGGUCCCCGCGUUGGGUCGGUCGCGGUUGCCAUCCUCGACGUCCACUCGUCGCUGCCGAUGCUGCAGCGGCACGUCGACCAGCACGCCGCGCUGCAAGAGUGCGACCUGUACACGUUCCUCCGCCUCUCCCUCCUCAACCUCCUCGUCACCGACCCCUCCGCCACCGUCGCCGACCCCAACUUGCGCAACCCGAUCGUCUUUGCGUCGUCGGGCUUUGGCGUCAUGUGCGGCUGCUCGCCCCACGAGGCGGAGCGCGCCUCGCAGCGCGCCGCGCAGCAGCACAUGUCGCGCGCGCUCGACGCGCAGCAAGAGUCGCUCACGCUCGUCUCAAACUUCCGCAAGGACGGGUCGCGCUUCGGCAACCUGCUCUUCAUGACGCCGAUCCGCGCGCGCCGCCAGCUCAACGCCGCCGGCGGCGGCGUCCUCUUCUGGAUCGGCGCGCUGCAGGCGCUGCAGCUGCAGGAGCUGUACGGCGGCUUCUCGGCCGCGGCGCAGACCACCGCCGUCGCCGUCCACGCCGCCGACGGCACGCCGCACGAGCCGGCGAGCGGCGUCUGCCGGUUGUGCGAGCAGCGCGUCAUCCUCGCUUCGCUCGGGCAGCACACGCACUUUUGCAACAUCGUGAUGCAGUGCAAGACGCUCGCCUCGUCUUGCGACGAGACGCUCGCGCGCAUCGUCGUCCGCCUCAACGCCGUCGCAAACACGGCGCACAUCUUUGGCUGCGGAGCCACGCAGGACUGCAUGCUGCUCGAGGCGUUGCGCGGGUACACGCUCGUGCUCACCUCGCUCACCGCCGGCUCGCACGCGCUGCCCCUCCUCUCCGCGCUCCCGCCAAAGAUUGACGAGCUGGUCGCCGCGUCUCGCGUCUCGCCCUCGACGGCGGCGGUGUGGGCCGACAUCAAGGCGGCCGGCGCGCGCAAGCUGGCCGCGCUGCAGCACGGCACGCAGUGGGCGAGCGAGCUGCAGUGCACCAUCGUGCCGCAGCCGGGCGCAGACCCGCUCGCCUCGGGCCAGCCGCCCACUCUCGCCGACUUUGAGAUGGUGCGCGAGAUCCAGCGCGGCUCGCACGCGGCGGUGUGGCUGGUGCGCAAGCGGCAGACGCGCGACGAGUUCGCGAUGAAGGUGAUCGACAAGAACCGCGGCCGGCUCCACCGGCUGGUGACGGAGCGAAAGGUGCUCUUCUCGUGCCAGUCGCCGUUUGUGGUGACGGUCUUCUUCGCCUUCGAGGACGCGGACCGGCUGCACCUGGUGAUGGAGUGCCUGGCCUCGGACGCGAAGCACCUGCUGCAGCGGCGCGGCGUGCUCGAGGAGCGGCAGGUCAUCUCCCUGAUGGCGGACACGUGCCUCGGCCUCGAGCACCUGCACACGUGCGGCAUCAUCCACCGCGACCUCAAGCCCGAGAACAUGCUCCUCACAUGCGAGGGGCGGGUCAAGCUCGCCGACUUCGGCCUCUCGCAGCUGCUCCAGCGCGGCGCGAUCGCCUCCGAGGAGGAGCUCGCGCGCGACCCCUCCAUCGUCGGCACGCCCUUCUACAUGGCGCCCGAGGUGAUCCGCGGCAAGGCGCGCGGCUACGAGGCGGCCGCCGACUGGUGGUCCUUUGGCGCAAUCACGUACGAGCUGCUCACGGGCUUCACGCCCUUCCAGGGCUCAAAGGUGGCCGAGAUCUACCGCGCGAUCCUGUCGCUCUCUUUCGCCUGCCCGCCGUCGCGCUGCGCCAUCUCGGCCGAGGCGGCCGACAUGGUCGGCCGCAUGCUCAACCCGAACCCGCGAGGGCGGCUCACCGGCGCCCCCACCGGCAUCCGCUCGGGCGGGGGCCGAUCCGGAGGCGGCCGCUCGACGGGUGAGUCGGCCGCGUCGGCAGCGUCGACCCACCUGGAGCUCGGCUCGGUGCUCUCCUCGCUCAACCCGGAGGACCACGACGCACACCUCGACAACCUGACCGCGCUCAACGACAAGGUGUCGAUGGCGCAGCAGAGGUGA